AUGGCAGAUUCAUCCAGUGAUUCAGACAACUUAUUUACGGGUCGGGUUGGAAGGCGGCCUUUGAGAGCAUCCCACAGCAGAGCUCAGAACUAUGGUGCUGAAGAAGUUACAGAGAAGAUCCAUACUUUAGCAAGCACUUUGCAGGAUACCAACAGAAAUCUAAGACACGUUGACCAUUUGCUAGGACAAUACAGAGAAUACAACAAGGAACAAACCAAAGCAAUAACAACUUUGAAAGAAACACUGGAGCAAUCUAUAGGUCAGUUGAGGAGCCAGCGACUAACACGAAACUGUGGAAUGAGAAGUGCAUCUCUCUCAAGCUUAUAUCCCAGUGACCUGGAUGGAGAAGGAACAUCAGCCAACCACCACUUCCUGCCCACUUCUCCUCUCAGGGAUUACGGAGGCGCACAGGGCAAUAAGCACCGAAGGUCUCGAUCUGCAAGUGUUCGGUUUGUCAGUGAGGCAGACAAUGUGGAGCAGCUGCAUUCUUUCCACCAGUCUCUUCGGGAUCUCAGCAGUGAACAGGUUCGCCUGGGAGAUGACAUCAGUCGUGAGCUUUCAAGAAGAAAUCGGACUGAUGCUGAAUUAAGAAAGACUCUAGAAGAAUUGUCUGAAAAGCUCACUGAGUCCCAAAGACAAGAAACGGUAUCAGAACGAGUAGAGAGGAGACUUCAGGAGAUAGAAGAAGAGAUGCGUGCUGAAAGACAGCUCGUAGAAAGGCGCCAGGACCAGCUGGGCCAUGUGUCUCUUCAAUUACAGGAGGUUUUAAGGAAGCAAGAUGUUAAAGCAGAUGAAACAGAAGAACUCAUGAGAAAUAAACUUGUGAAAUAUGAAAGUGAAAAGCACCAGCUUGAGCAGGAAUUGGAGCAGUCCCGGAAAAAGUUGAGUGAAUCUGAAGGCAGUAGAGAAGCUCUUUUGCAUCAGAUUGAGGACCUUCAUUCUCAGCUUUUGAGAGCAGAAGAAGACCGUGUGGAAUUGCAACAUCAAAUCUCUUACGCUGCUAUGCAUCGCCAGAGCUAUCAGGAUGCACAGGAUGAUGACAGGAGAAUCAGAGCAGUAGCUGAAAGAUAUGAGAGAGAGAAGCAAGAUCUAGAGAAACAUAUUUUGGAACUUAAAGCAAAGCUGAGUCAUAAUGCUGUAAUGUCAGAGGUAGAAGAGCUGAAGAGAUGUAUAGAGCGUAAGGACAAGGAGAAAGCACAGCUUGUGAUGCACAUACAGAUGUUAACAUCUGACCUGGAAAACAGGGAGAAGCAGCAGGAAAAAAUGCUGGAUCAGCUAAAGGAGAUAGAGAAUUGCUACAAGGCUUGUGAGAGUGGACGUAGACAAACUGAGCUCCAGUCUGCUGAGUUAGCUCAACAGGUUGAAGAGAGUACCAAGGAAGCAGAACGGUAUCUCAGUGAAUUCAAGCACUCAGAGGCACUCAGGCUGGAGAUUGAGAAAAAAAGAGAGGAUUUGAAGGUGAGAGCCCAGGAAACCAUCCGCCAAUGGAAAUUGAAGUGUAAGAAACUGGAUCGUGAGGUAGAAAAGCAAAAUCAAACUAUCAGUGAACUGAUGGACAAGAAUAGUCAGGCCCUUAAAGAAAAAGAUGAUCUCAAAAGUCAGCUUCUCUCAGCUAUAAAUCAAAUAGAAAACCUGCGGAAAGAGCUGAAUGAUGUGCUUACAAAGAGAGCCCAGCAGGAAGAACUCCUCCACUGUAAAGAGGUAAAACUGAAUGAAAUGGAGUCACACCAGGUAUCUCUUGAAGAAGAGAUCAAAGAAGUGCAAGGUACUGCAAAAAAAUUGGAGAAUGAGUUGAAAAAGCAAGUCUUUCUACAAAACCAAAUGCAAGCUGAGAAGGAGCACUUGAAGACAGAACUUGCAACUAUUAAUUUGUUUCAUAAAAAAGACCAAGAGCGACUCCUAGAAAUGCAAGCAGAUGUAAAACAUUUAAGUGCUGUACGUGUGGAACUAACAAACAGAAUUGCAGAAGAGGAGAAAGCCAAAAAGGAAUUACUUAAGAGCCUCUCAGACCUCCAGAAACAGCAGGAAUCUAGUCAUGAAGAGAUGAUUUCAGCUAAUAGGCAGGUGAAGAUGGAAAGAGAAGUUCACCAACAGGAGUUGGCAGAUCUUAGAUCAGAGUUACAAAAUGUGAAAAUCAAACAUGAACAAAAUGUUCAAGAGCUCAUGAAACUCCUUAAACAAGAAAAAGAUGAUGGAGAGGCUCAGAUUAGAAUGCUAAAGAUGGAACUUUUAGAAGAGAAAAACGUAGUCAAGGCUCAGUGUCGACAACUGGAAAAAAUAAAAGUUGAGUGUGAUAAGUUGACAGAAGAAUUAACCCAAAAUAAGGAAGAAAAUACAAAACUGAAACGGAAAUGUGAAUUUGUAAAACAAGAACUGGAGAAAAAGGAAAAACAGAUCAGCAAUGAAGAUCAUUUGAGAAAGAUGAGUGAGGCCAGACUGCAGUUUAAAGAUCAGCUACGUCAAUUAGAAAUGGAACAGCAAUCCAUUCUCUCUAUGAUAGGAAGUGAAAUUGAUGCCGCUUGUGAAAUCAUUUCUCGGGACUCUAUGGAGAAAUUCAAAGCAAUAUCCCUUACACCAACAGUACCGAAUGAUCCUCAUCGCUGGUUAGCAGAAGCAAAGACUAAGCUUCAGUGGCUCUGUGAGGAGGUAAAGGAAAGAGAAAGUAAGGAAAAAAAGCUGCGAUGCUACUUGCUGCAGAGCCGAGAACAGCUCAAGAACUUUACACAGAUAAAGGAGACUGAGCAUCAGUCUCUCUUUAAACAGAUAAAAAAACAGGAAAAACUUUUGGAAGAAGUUCACAGAGAAAAAAGAGAGCUACUAGAGAAGACACACAGAAAAGAAGAAGAAAUGGGAGCUCUCCAGGAACGUAUUAUGGCCUUAGAAAUGAGUACCCGAGUGGCUUUAAAUCACCUGGAGUCUGUGCCUGAGAAACUGAGCCUGUUAGAAGAAUGCAGAGAUACCGGGGAGUCCCAUUGCCGAAAGGAGAUGAUUGAGGAGAGGUAUAUGAGGUAUAAAGACAUAGUGACUUCUUUGCAGCAGCAGCUGGAAGAUUCAAAGCAAAGAGUUGGGCAAGUCAAGGAUGUGAAAAUGGAUGCUGAAAUUUCUGAUGUAGAAGUGGCUGCUCAUUCUAGUUGGCGAACUCAAAACAGCUUUUUGUGCAGCUCACCGCUUUCAAGUUCAGGAUCACUUACGAAAGGGAUGGUUCCUUUGGAUACAAGUGGCACCAAGGAAGAUGCUACUAAUGUUGCUGUUAGUGAAAAGAAGCUGCAAGCAGAAGGGGGAAAGCAGUAGAAUAUUUUAUGAAACCACACCAGUUUUCUCUGUGGUAAAUUCCAUUCCACUUUUUUUUUGGUUUUGAACUGUAGUAAUUCCAUCUGCUGUAGGAGUUAUGCACCCUUAAUGAUUCAACAAUUGCCAAACACUCAAAUGAAAGAGCACCAAGACUAAUUCUAAUGAACUCUUUUGAUAAUUUAGGUGACUUGCACACCAAAGGCUUUCUGAGAUUUUGCUAUUCUCUUGUAUUUGUUUCUGCAGUCCUCUUAGACUAUAUUUAUUGUAUUCCUGAAAUACUGUGAAGUGAAAUACCUGUGACAUUAGUCUUUGCUAUGAGCUUAUUUACCCCUAUACAGGAAUUGUUCUGACACUUGUUUUUAAUUAUGUUUAAUUACAUUAUUAAUAAUGAAAAAAAAUUCAGAAAUUGCCUAUUACUAUGAUAGAGAAUAAUUAUACAGUGUUGUACAGACACAUUUGUGGUUUUAGGUCCCUCAGUUUGAAAAAAUCAUUUCAAAAAGAAGUGAUAAAACAAAUUUUUCUCAAAGCAAUUAAAAAUUGACAGCUUGGUUUUGGGUUCAGCAUAUAUGUAUUAUAAGUUGUCUAGAAUUAUUCUUUUGGCCAGAACACUUUUAUUAGAUGGCCUCAAUUAGGCACUUUAAAGAAUCUGAAUCUCACCCAUCUGUAUCAGGAGUGUUGAAUGGCACUUCUUUGUGGCUGUGAAAAUUUUAAAAGCAAUGUUUAAUAUUCAUUUAUUUAUUCUCUUUUGUUCUCUAUUACAGAAGAUGUGUUAUAUUGAUUGUAAAAUACUAUGGAAAUAGAAUAUUGCUCAUUUGUAUUUGUUCAGAUAUCGCUGUUCUAAACAAAUUAGACACAAUUUUAUGUUACAGUGGUCUCAAAGAGCAAAUCAAAGAAUUUUCUGUGUAAGAAUUCUGCUGUCUAAAGAAAUGCAAGUGUUUCUGAUGGUUCUACUUUCAUUUUCCUCUCAGCUACUUCUGGCUGGCUGGAUCACUGCUAGUGUGCCUUAAAAGAUUUGCCAAAGCUACCAGGAUACUUGUAGCAACAUUAACACCACUCAAACAAUUUUGUUUUGCAGACUUCUGUCAUAUUUAGGAAGUCUAUUUCUUCUCUGAAACACUGUUAUUUUUUAGCACUGUAGGUGUCUCAGGUAUAAUUCAUAGGCCAUGAUGUGCCAUCACAAAAGGGGACUCUUUUAUUUUUUUUCUCCAAUACUCUGAUGAAGUGUUCUGUAGUCCCAGUGGGUGCUCUGGACCGUGCGCUUCUUGACAAUCACCUUGUGUUCGUCCUGUUUCAAACAGAACAACAUGCUGAGAACAUCAAAAUCAGACACAGAUAUGAGAAAAAGAUUGAGUUUAUUCUCUGUUCAUUUUCCAUGAACUUAAAUUGCUUAAAACUAAAAAAAGAAAUCUGACAUGGUUAAAAGUUUUCUUUACCUUUUGUUGUGUAUUAUGCUGUGCAUGGUAGUGCUGGCAUUUCAAACUUCUUUUUGCAAACUUCUGGCAUAUCUCCUCAUUCAGAGGGUCAAGAAAACAAAACAGGCACAUCCAUCUGUUCUGAUCUCAAUGGCCAUGACAGGAACAAGAAAAAAAAUCAACAAAUAAACUGCUCUCUACAAAGAGUGUGGAUGUCAUGAAACAGUGUUUAGCUCAAGCCAUGGCUACUGUAAACUAAACUUACUUUAAGUGGAUCCAACAUUUGGAAUUUAUUUUUUUUAUUAGAUCAGAGCAGAGGUGAAAAUAUGGCAUUUAAAAUACUUUAACUGGUUUGGUCUGCUGAAACUUAAAAAAUUGCAAAACAAAAUGUUAGCAGUUUGCAGACUUUAUGGUACCUACAAAUUAGGGCCAAAACAUAGAAUGAUCACUUUAAAAUAUAUUAUUAAGCAAUAAAUCAUGUUCUCAAAACACCUUAUGUGGUAGUGAGGUCUGGUGCAUGGAUUGCUGAUGGAUAAAUGUAUACCCUAACUGUUUUACCAAAGUUUAAAUGAUUUUGUGACAUGAAAGUAGGUAAAUAAAGGGGCCUUUGAGAGUCUUAGCUGAGAAGUAUGACCAGAAAUAUAAUGUCCUCUCUUUUUCCGAAGAAAUUUGUAAAAAUCGUACAAUUUUAUGUAUUUAUACUUUUUUUCCUGACUUGUAACUUAGAAAUCUGAAGUAUGUGUUCUUAAAACAGGAUCACUACAGAUUUAUAUUGUUAGAAAACUAAGGACAAGCAGUCUUAUCCCCCUCACUAUUACAUCAAGUAUUGAAUCAACUUCUGUACUACAUAGGACAGAAAUUACUACUGGGUGAACAAUUUUGGCUUUAAAACUUUAGGUAUGUUCAGUGCUUAGUAUAUUUGCCUUUGCCCAUGUGACUGGGUUUUCAUCAGUUUUAUAUCCUUUUAUAAAAUUUUCUAAAAGGAGUGGAAGAACAGAAGAGACAUCAAACCAUGCACACACACACUCUCGCAAAAAAUUCUUACUGAGUAGACUUAGGGACUCCAAAGCCAGGAAAUUCUUUCUCAAGUUUACCCUCUUGGCAUGGCAGUCUAGAUAGCAUGUAAUAUUUGUCUCUCUUCCUCCUUUGAUAGAGGUUCAUAUUACAAAGUGAAUUUUGUUUCCUCUUUACUGAAGGCUAAAGUUCCGUUCAUGACAUUACAUGAAACUGUCCCUUUGUGGUUUAAGAAAUAAUAUUUUUUCCGUAUUAGUCUGAAAUAAUAUUCUUCUGCACAAUUUCAGUUUUUAAAGUAGAAAAGCAGAAAUUUUUAAAUACAGCCUUUUGUAUAUUUCACAUCUUUAAAAUUGCUGUCCCUUCUGGUAGCCAGAUGUUUUUGUUCUUUAACCCUUUAAUGACCUAUUACUCAAUUCAUACCCAAAACAGUCGUUUUCAAAAUCAAAAAUGUGGUAUUGUUCACACAAAAAUGAUGUUUGUUCUGUUUAACAUUUGGUAAAUCAGGAUAUUUUUUAUGUAUGUACUAAGUACAUACAGAUUUUAUAAGCUAGUAUCAGGCACUCUUUUUUUUUAAUGCUGCAGUGAAAUACAGUGCUUCAGUACUGUGCUUUCAAAAUGUAUUGGCCCUCUAUUUUAGCAUCAAAUAGCUGUCACAUGAAUAAGCUAGAAAUUUUAUGCCCUUCAGUUCCUAAUGUUUUAUAGCAGACUUGAGAGUACUUAAUUACUUUUGAGACUAUAUUUACUAAACAGACAAAAUAAUUUAUUUUUAUUGUGUAAUUAUGUCAUCCUAAGAAGAAAUGUCAAAAUAAAAAUAAACAAUAAAAUUUUACGGUGCAAAACAAAGCAAUUUCUUACAUUUACUUCCCAAAUUUUUGAUGGAAACUGGUCUUCAGUGAUGGUGAAAAUACUCCUUGGAUAUUCAAAGCUCAGCCACAUUUUUACUGACUAUUACAGCAAAGUAAAUAAAGAAAAUACAUGAAAACCCCAUACAACAAAGAAACUACAAUUCUCAAAUCCAUUUCUCAGCUAAUGAAUCUACAGUUCAUCUGUGGCUUGCAAGGCAUAGUCUUUGCACUGGAUAGCACUGAGUGGUUUUUCAUGAAUGAAAAUGCCAGUAUUACUCUGAAAGGAGAUCAGUAGGUAUUUUUGUUACACUGAUUAUAAUUUUUAUGGCUUAGUAUGAUGGUCUGCAACUUGGAUGCGUUCUCAUGUCUAUAACAUGCAGGAAAACUUUUUCAUAAAUUUUUGUGGCGCUGCUUUUACAGUAGAAUUUUACAGUGUCCAUGUUAAACUCCUUGUGUCUGCAGUGUGUUAGUAACAAAUUUAUCUGUCUAAGCCCUUGUCACCCCACAGAGGUAAUUGAUACUGCAGUUAAUGUGAGUUGCAGGUCAAUAGCUGAUGACACAGCCUUCUCGAAAAUGGAUGUGCUGGAGGACAUCAUGCAAAGUCCUCUGAUUUUGACGUAAUUGUAGAAUUUAGAAGCAGUUGUAGAGGAAAACUUAACAGUGGAAGGGAUGGAAAGCAGUUCAUGAUUAAAUUAAAAUUUAAGAACACUUUUGUUCUUGUUGCCUUAGCUUAAAAACUGUCUUAUAGCUAGUAUUUACAUCUGAAUGAAAGUGAUCCCUAAACGAAAUUCCAUGUGGACAAUUUUUUUUUUCAUGCUUAAGUACUUUCUACUCUAGCACAACUCUACUCUUUACUGUAAGCAUGUCUGGGCUGCUGUGAAUAUGAACUUAUUUGCUUUUCUCUGUAAAUAACUAAAUUCGAUUUUAAAUCUGAGCAAUAUUUCUGUGCUCUGUACAAGAGUACAACACAGCAGAAUCCAAUAACCAAGUCAUUCAAAACUCUGCAAUGCUUCUGGGAAUGUUGAUGGCAAAAAUGAAGGAUAUUGCUGUGGUUAAAAUCCAGCAAUAUCCAACUUUUAUCAUUUGUGCUAACAACAAUAGCUCUCCUGUUUCUAAAGCUGAAGUUGCACUUCUGUAAUUUUUCUGACUGAAAUAGUGAGAUUUUAUUUUCUUUUCCCCUAACAAUGACAAAAUCUGUAGUGUGAGAAUAUGCAGUGAACAUAUUUUUAAAUUUCUAGUAUUUUUAUUUGGGAAUCUACGAGGUGCUAUUUGGAACUAACACAGUUGUUAACAUGUUUUUGUUAAAUUAUUACAUUUAAAAACACAAACUCCAUAGAGAUACCUCUUUUAGGAUAAUUUUGCUGUCUGUUUUUAGCGACAUGGCUCCUUGAUAGGUGUUUUAUGGGAAUAAGUACAACAAUUGUUCUUGAGUAGUUUGUUAUUUUCUUGUCUCUUCAGACCAGAGUUGUUUUGAUGUUAGACUGCUUUUCUCAUCUGCCAUCUAAAGUGCACUAGUGUGUCAGAAGACAUACCAUAAUUCCUUCACCUACCCACUGUCAAUAAUUUUGGUAGUUUAUGUUCCCAUGGAAUUACAUUAGUAUUGAUGGCAGUUGUUUCUUAUAAGCUCUUUUCGUAUGAACUCUGACACUCUUGUUUGUUUACUAAAAUAAAAGCUACAUAGUAAAUGGACUAACAUCAGGUCACAUGCUGUCUAAUUUUAAAGAUUAUUCUACAGGCCAAAGUAAAUAUCUCUUACUACAUUCAUCUAGAUUUUCUGAUUGCCAGCAUUGAUUCUACUAUCAGUUUGUAGAAGGAAAUAGUAAAGGAUAGACUUUGCCACAAUACCCCUGAAAUAUUAUUGAGUUGAGGCAAAAAAAAAAGAGUCUACAACAAAUUUAGGACAUCUGUCUAAGUGCUUAUUCUAGAACCUAAAAUACUCAUAUUAAAAAGUGUAUUUCUUCAGUGUGUUAAUAUCAAAUCAUCUUCCUUAUAAACAGUUGCUGACACCUAAAAUAUUUUUGAAAAGUGCUACUGAAAUUUGCUAAAUGUGAUCAAAAGGAUUUCUGUAUCACUCACUCUGUUAAACAAGCAUGGAACUGGGAAACGGCCCAAUUUAUGUUUCUGGCAUGAGGCUCUUCACAGAAACCACCAGUGGUACAGUUUUGUAUUUAAUGUGGAAAAUGAUGAGGAUGAGCUGUGUUUUGCUGGUGGUCAAGAGAACAGUUUGCAUCUGUGACUUUUUGGUGUAGGGAGCUCAGUGUGUGCACCAUUUUUAUUGAGGCUCUCCCAGGCUUCUGCAGCACUGACAGCACCAUUUCACUCAAACAGCUGCAACCAUGAAGACAUCAUGGAGCUGGCAGAACUUUUGUUACAUGUUUUGACUAACAGAGUGUCAACAAGUCCAUCAGAAACCUUGGAGUUGUUUGUUUUGUCUUCACUGGAGCAGUCUCCAGUGCAGUCAUAGAGCUGGAAGAUGCAGAAACCUUUGUUUAGUGUGAGCUACCAUCAGCAGGGAGGCUUGCUGGCCAUGGAAUGCGAAUGCAUUAGUAUAUUGUCCAUUGAUCAAUUAGAGGUCUACAAAUUAACAAAAAACUGAUCUAAAAGGUUUUUAAAAGUGAGACAAAUCAUUCUUAUAUGGUAGUUAAAAAAAUCUCUGCAAAUAUGAAAAAAUGAAGUACCAAAGUCAAGAAACACUUCAUUUUUCCAGAAUGCGAGUAAUUGCUUAAUUUCAGUGGAGUGACAGACUGAAAUGAAGCUCCUGAAUAUGUUAAUCAGCAGACAUCAACCCACUUCAUAUCAUCUCUUAACAUGUGAGACUUGCUGACUUUGAUUUAGACUUAACUACGUUCCAUACUUAGGGUAAGUCUCUUAUGUGUGCUGUGCACUGAGUAGCAAUGUGGAAAUAAUUCCACUGGAUGCAGCUGAUAUGCUACAAAAGGAAUACUGGCUCUUGCAGUGUAUUUUAACAAAUAGCUCAAAUGUUCACAUUUCUGUUGUGGUAUUACAUUACCAGAAGAAAGCAACAAAUAGAAAAAUACUUGAAUUGUAGGUGAGGGUGUCAAUACAAUAACAGUGUAUUACUGAGGUUUUGAAGGUGUAUCACUUUUAAGGCUGACAUUUCUAUCUGUGCUUAUUAGCAAAUGCUGAUAUUCUGUUUUAAUUUUUUUUCCCUUGGGGCUUAUGAGAAGAAAAUGUGUUAUUUGGUUUUGAUUUCUGGAACAUGUUUUGCCAUCUCAUGCUGUCAAUUUCUAUUUAAUUUGGUGUUAGCUAAAAAAUUUUACCAUCUAAUUCUGAUACUUCAUUACAAGCACUCCUAAUUAAGUUAGUUAAUACAUGAGUCACUUUCCUCCAGAUCUUUUGUUUUCAUUUCAUUUGAAUGAAAUACAGUGGUUUUUUGCAGUUAGUGUCCUAAAACUGGAGCAAAAUUAUUCUUGUGAACUAGCAGUUUGGUUGGGACAUUCCAAAACUAAGAUUUCCCAGGCAAUUCAUACAUGUGACACUGAAUAUAUUACAUUAUAUUUCCCAGUCAACUAUUGUCACUGCAGUAUAGUAUAAAGCAACAGCAAAGAAUCUGCAUAAUUUCAACAAAUAAUAUGGAUGAGAAAUGUUUCUGUGCUGGUAUGAAGUCAGAAAGGUCUGUUUAAUACUUCUAAAACUUAUUGUAUUGGUUAACGUGAUAGAAAUAGGCAUAGUGGAAUGAAAUUCCUCAAUACUGAAUAAUUUCUUGAGAUAAAGUCCUUGAGUGUUUAGCAAGGAGUCCAGCUCUUUGUACAUGUUGAGGUUCACCUUAGUGUAGUAACCAGAAGUACUGCAGUUUCCUUCAGACUUGAUUUCUGAAACAUAAAGGUGUGUUCAGAUUUCUAAUAGCUGUGUAGGCAUCAGGUAUAUCCUGUCCACAUAAUUAUAUCUCUUUCUUAUAGACAUUGACAUAUAUAAACAUGUUCAUGCAGUGUAAAAUUUUACUGCUCAAAAAGAAAGAUUGCCUUUUAUGCUUUGAAAUCCUGACUGCAGUAAGGCUAGCAGAGGCCUUGCCAUUACUAUCAGUAGAGUUACAGUUUUGUGCUGAGUUUUAGAAAAGAGGAGAGAAAUAUUUUUUUUGUCUGUUUUUUCAUUGCAUUCUGAAGGUAUGCAAGUCUGCAAUAUAUGUUGGUUUGAUGAACAACAAAUGCUUGCCGAAAAAUACAUGAUCUUAUAAAAAUCAUAUGGUAACAAACUCCAAAACACUUGGAAUAAUUUGACACUAUCUCAUUUUUAUAUUUUAAAUUUUUUCAGAAUCUAAGAAAUGAGAUUUUGAGUUCAUUUAGGUUACUAUGUUUUUUUCAAGACUAAAUCAAAGUUAGUUAUAUCAUGAAAACCAUAGUACUUCUGAAUAACAUCAAUCCAAGCUUAUGAAAUUUGAAAAAUUCUGAAGCAGCUCUUUGAUCCACUUCUAUGUGGUCUACUAUAGUAUUUUCAAAGUAAUGAAGCCAUCUCCAAGGAAAGAUGGCUCAUCUGUUAAUAUGUAUCAAUUGUAUUUCAGAGUCUUGACUAAAUGUUUUGUUUUGUAUCAGUUUUUCAACUGAUCUAGUAAUUUAAUGAGAACCAAAAAUGGGGAUUUUUGUGUGUGUGGGGAGAAGGUAAUUACAUCUUAGAUCUAAAUUCCAGUACUGUUGGUAUUCUUUCUUAACAAAAGACUCACAAAAUAAAACCAGUUUUGACUUUUUUGUCCUAUGAUAUUUUAGUUCCAAGAUAGAUAGCUUCACAAGUUAUUUGCAGUCCACUUUUUCCAUUAUCUGCCAUCUUCAAGGAGGAAGAAAGUUCAGCUUGACUAUCUUGAGAAGUAUGUAAUGAAUUUAAAUAAAAAAAAUCAAAAAUCUUAGAAUCAUUUAGGUUAAAAAAGAUCCUUUCGAUCAAGUUCAGCCAAACUACUGCUUGACUAUUACUUCCUGUAAAUCGCAUGGAUACACAUAAAAAUAAGUCUACAGGUUGGAUUUUCAGAAACCUCAUGCAGGUUUAGGAACAAUACAUUGUAGAAGUAUAAAAGGAAGAACUGUUACCAUGUUGGUUUGAUGCACAAGUCCUUACCAACCUGUGAAAUUUGAGAUACUUGGUUACACACGAGCUGGUACUCAUGUCGCACCAGAGCACCAGUUUUAUUGUUGAGUUGCUUCUCUGACUUCAGAACAUCUGUGCCUGAUUUAUACCAAUAUGAAGCCAGAAUGAAAUCUCAUGCAUAAAGCCUAAGUACCAAUCAAAGUACGAAGUGCUGAGAUCUUGUCAAGUGAUUGCAGUACGAAGUAUAUGAAAGCUGUCUUUUGUGCUCUGAGUAUGUUGCUGCAAGCUGAAAUCUUGGCACAGUCUGCAGGUAUGUUUAAGUUUGGUUAAGGCUGUACUAGGAAAGUUCAUAUGUUAAUUUAAUGUCAACAUUUGUACCUACUUUCUGCAAUUAGACUGUAAAAUGUUAGCCAAUGAGGCAGUUACAAAAAUAUCAAAAUACAUUGCACUUCUGCUGACUUGGGGCUUAGUCCAAGCAAUUCCUGAAGGCGGGGUUGCAAGUCUUCAUUGCAUCUCAGGAGAUAGCUGGUACCUUUGCAGGACCAAAGUUGCUAGCUGUACUUGUAAUUUAAAGUAUAACAUAAAAACUUGUCAUUUUUCUAAGCUAACACAAUAAAUUAUUUUUCUAAGCAAUGCAUGGCAUCUGUAUUUAUUUACCUAACAUUGCCAAACUUACGUAAAGGCCUGUUUUAUGUAAUUGAUCUUUUUUAGUUUUGUGAAGUAUAGAUGUGUGAUAUGGAAUUAUAUUGCCCAGUUUUCUUCUUAUCUCUAGGAGCAAUUGGAUUUUUUAUUUUGUUUUCUUUCUCCUACUGUAAUAUUUGUUUAAAAAGUAAGAUGAUAGUUUCGUUAUGAGAAUAAAUAGUUUUCUUCAAA